AUGCUCUCCGUCCCUUCCCCUUUGCUGCUGCGCGCAAUGCGAUCCCUGCUCCGGCCGCAGACCCUUUCCGUACCUACACGCGCAACCCUCAAAUAUACCGCCACUGCUACUACUCCCACGCUCCGCCAAACGACCACAGCCCGCGCAUUCUCACAGUCUGCGAAGCGCUCCAUGACGCUUAACCAAGUUCGAAAAUCACCGCGCACGUCAAAGAAGGCUCGCCGACCUAUCUCGCCCGCCAUGCGCGACCGCCCGGAGAUGAAGGGCGUCUGCCUCAAGGUCGGCAUCACGAAGCCCAAGAAGCCCAAUUCCGGGCAGCGCAAGACGGCCAAGGUCAGAUUGUCCAGCGGGCGUGUGGUGUCGUGCUACAUUCCCGGAGAAGGUCAUAACGUGCAGCAGCACAGUGUGGUGAUGGUGAGGGGCGGCAGGAGUCAGGAUUGUCCUGGUGUGCGGUACCAUCUUGUCCGCGGGGCGUUGGAUCUGGGUGGUGUGCCUGGAAGGAUCAGGGCAAGGAGCAAGUACGGCACGAAGAAACCGAAGAGCUUGCAGGUGUGA